GCCAUGACGCGUCACUGACGUAGAGAGGGACGGAAGCGAUAUAGAUUGCGUCCCUCGGUCACCUAAUCCGUUUCGGUGAUGCAAAAAAUGUCUGUGAAUUCAGCAGAACCGACACGGUGAUGGUGAAGUGAAACUCCUCGUGUGUUGCUGACUGUUGACUUUUAUUCUGAAGACAAACAUGGAUCCGUCCAGGAGGAGCGAGAGCGACUGGCAGGGAUUGAUCAGCGAGUUCCUAGUUUGUAAGCAGAAGUUGGAGAGCAAGAAAGAAGCUCUUCUGAUUCUGUCUAAAGAGCUGGACACCUGCCAGCAGGAGAGAGAUCAGUACAAGCUGAUGGCCAACCAGCUGCGCGAACGACACCAAGGACUCAAAAAGAAGUACAGAGAACUCAUUGAUGGAGAUCCCUCCCUGCCUCCUGAGAAAAGGAAUCAAGUGAAUUUAGCCCAGCUACUGAGAGACUCCAGAGAAAAAAACAGCCAACUUUCUGAGGAGAUGAAGGAGCUGAAACAGCGACUGGUAGAAGCUCAGGGGGAUAACAAGCUCCUACGAAUGACCAUCACCAAACAGAGGCUGGGAGACGAGGAGGUCGGCGCUCGACACUUUCCUGCACAUGAGAGAGAAGAUCUGGUCAAACAGUUGGAAAGAGCGAGAGAACAGAACGAGGUGCUGGAACACAGUGUGAAGUCGCUCACAGACGAGCUGCAGGACGUUCGAGCGGAGCGUGACGUGUUUCAACAGAAGGCUCAUCGACUCAACUUGGAAAUGAACCACAUCGUUGGGAACGAUGACAUUCGCAUAUUAGACAUAGAUGCACUCUGCAUGGAGAACAGGUAUUUGCAUGAGCGGCUCAGUCAACUACAAGAAGAGGUCAACUUGCUUAAAACUAAUCUGAUGAAGUACAAGAGUGCCCUGGAGUGCAGGAAGAACUCUAAAAUCUGUGGGAAACCCAACAGUAGCGCUCUGACCGGGGUGCUCUCCGCAAAACAAGUGAAGGAGCUCUUACUGUCUGAAGAAAACGGUUGCAGUUUGCCGGUGACUCCUCAGUCCAUCUCCGACCUCAAGUCUCUCGCCACGGCUCUGCUGGAAACGAUCCACGAGAAGAACAUGGUGGUUCAGCACCAACGCCAAAUCAACAAGAUUCUUGGAAAUCGAGUCGCAGAGCUGGAGAAGAAACUAAAAACACUGGAGCUGUCUGGAUUAUGGAGCCUUCCAGGCCUCACUUAUAAUGUGUCUCUGGGAAUUUGUGGAAGAGGAAGAGAUGCCAUCAUCCUGGACACUCAGCAGAUUGAGUCACCAGAAUCUCCUGGACAGGAAGGUGACAAGGGGUCUGAAACUACACCUGCCCAGCAGGAGAGCUCCACAGAUGUUCCAUACCAAGACAGUGAAACACCAACAGUGUCAGAUCUUCAAGACGAUGCAUCAUCACCGUCCAGUGCAGAGACAGACCACCUAAAGUCUUCUUCCCAGCCAGCAGAGGAGGCGCCAGUCAGCCCUCAAACAGAAAAGCCAACUAUCGAUGAGUGUCAUGAAAGUGGCCAAUCACAGAUCACAGUGGAUUGUACUGCUUUAACAGAGGAAGAAGAGUGUCCAAGUGACUCCCUUCCCAAAGAGACAUAUUUGAACAAACCUCAUCCACCAGACCUCUGCAGCUCACCACAACCUUCAGAGGGGUCAGACCCAACAGGAGGAAGAGGGGAUGAGUCAGACGAAUGCACUGAAGUGGCAGAAACUGUUGAAACAGAGUGUAUUAUAACAGAGGAAAAUAUAGAUACGGUUUCAUCUACUGCUGUCUCCACUACUGCUUAUGAGGAGCAGCAGGAGGAGGUCCAGUCAAACCAGGAGACAGAUGUUUGCGAGGAGACAUGAAGCUUUCUACGAGCCUCCACAUGUUGUGUGAUGUUAAAAAAAGUAAGAAAAAUCCAAAACAAUGACAAAAGAUGUAUUUAAAAUCAUAUAAUGGUAUUGUAUUUAUUUUUUAGGAAUAAUUCACACUUCAAGAAACACUUGAAAAAUAAUAAUAAUGGCACAUGAUAGAUUUUCUUAUUAAUAUAUCUCUGUGAAAGAGAUGAUUCCUUCCAAACUGUAAAGAAGUCUAGAACAGAUUAUCUUACUUUCCUGCUUUCAUGUGCUUCAUUUUCUGAAUUCUCUGCUCUUUGUAGACCCACGGUGAAAGGUGCUGAGUUACACUAUGUGGACAUUAGUACCUGGACACCCAAACAAUAUAGUCUUGUGAUUGUUCAGUAUCUCAUUCCGAAACCACUGGUAUUAAAAUACUGCUAUGACAUUCCUCUCUAGUCUAAAAGGGUUUUCAUAAGAGUUUCGAAACUGGCUACAGGGAUUUUCUCUCAGUUAUUCAUAUAUGUAGUGUAUGCAGACAGGUGACAAAAGAAAGGGGAAAACCUGAAGCUUUUACUCCAACAAUGAGGGGAUCAGGUGGCUCUGUUUUGCUGGCAUGGUUUGGCUACGCUUGUCCCCUUAGAGGCAAGAGUCGCUGCAAAUCAGUACAAAGUUCUGAGGGAUCCCCUUUAUCCUAUGAUGAAACAUAUCUAUCCUGGGUAAGAGUGGCCUCUUCCAGGAUGGCAAUGCCCCAUCCACAGGGAACGAAGGCUCAUUGAAUGGUUUGAUGAGUUUAAAAAUUAUGUGAUUCACCAGAUCACCAAAUUUCAACCCAAUGGAACAGAGAUUUUGGACCGUUUGGCAGCAGUCUCCACUACCAUCAUCAUGCUCCUCUGGCAGCAUGUGGUGGCCCGUCAUCUUACUAAGACAUGUCAUGUUGGUUAUUCCUUUGUCGCCUGUCUGUAUAUCAAAGGUAGAGAAACUGUGAUUGAUAGUGAUAAAACUCUAAAGUGUGUCUGAUGAUGCUGAAAUGCUACACUGCUGUUGGUAUUUAGAUGUUUUGCUUUUGAACUUUAAAUUUCAGUGUUCUUUUGUGUUAUUCGUUCUGAGAGACUGAGUUUGAACUUAACCGUGAAUGAAAGCCUAAUUUUCAGAAACUUUCUGCUGCUAACUUUUGACUAAGGUAUUGAAUCUGACUUCCUUUCACACAGACAUUUUAAAAAUGGAACGGGACAAAGUGCAGUCACUGCCAUCAGUACUUCAUCAACACCAAGAGUUUGUCUCACUUCCAAAUGAAAUGUUUCUAAGGGACAUUCUCCUUCAUCUUUCUACCUCUGUACACACCAUCCCUGUGAAACCUAGCAUAUGGUGAGGAUCUCUGCAUCAAUCAAUACUCCUCUGAUUGCUGUGAACACUGUUUAAACUUAGAAGCUGUUUUAUUUUUGUUUCGCCAAGCAGAAUACAAACAUGUCCUGUGUUAUUUUUUAUUGCUAGAUUUAUAAUGCAAGGCUCUGAUUCCUCCUAGAAGCUACAGUCACUUUGUUUUAAGGCAGACAUUCUUAUAUAAGUUAUUUUUAAUCAUGAAAAUAUAAAAUUAUCAAAGUAAUAUAAAAUGCUGCAUGACAAUAUGCUACAAACUAAUUAAAGAUAUUUGCAUUUUC